AUGUCUUCAAUAAAAGAAAGAGCUGCGGCGUUGAAUCUUGCAGAGAAAUUGUGCGUGCGUCCUCCAGCUCCUGGAGCAUCCCCCAAGCCUGUCCGGUCUUCCUCCAUGUGGAGCAGCCUCGUAUCCCACUUCAGGGUUUCUGUGCCAGUGAAGCGCAGACUGGUCCACCUCAAGUCCUACAGCAAUUGUUUCCUCGGCUCUGAGGCUGUGGAUGUAUUGACAAAACACGUGACACAUGCCAAGGGCUUUGAGGGUGCCAGUGUGUCACGGGACAAGGUGGUGUGUGUGUGCCAGGCCCUGCUGGAGUGCAACCUGUUUGAGCCUGUGGAAACCAAAGUGUUUGGCAAAAGCAAGAAGUGUGGAGUGUUUCAGGACAGCAAAAGUGCUCUUUAUAGGUUUGUGGGAGAAUGUACGCCGUCAGUUGAUGACUUGGAGAGAGGCAUGCUUGCUAAUGGGAUCCAGAAACUCUUCUGCAUUGCUGCUCCAGACAGACUGGAAGAGCAUUUGCAUCCCACUGGGUCGCAUGACUUGUCCACCCCUGUUAAGGUCCUUGAGACACCCGGGAAGGCCAGCCUUCGGGAGCCUCGGUUCACUGCUGACAUGCAUUUGGAGCCUGUCACAGAUCGUCUGAGUCCAUGCAGAGCACAGAUAGACUCAGCUUUGCCACAGUCACUGGUAGAUGAGGUGUGGCAGGAGCAGACCCUACUACGGCUGUUGAGCCUGGUCGAUCUUCCUGUACUGGAAGGUGUGCUUCAGUGCAGACUCAGCCCAACCUCUCCACCACCAGCCAACCUGAUGUCUCAUGGGAACCCCGACCUGAUCUACACCAGCAACCACCUGGACAGACAGAUCCUCAAGGCCAUCAGGAACUCUCAAGAAGAUGAGUGGCUCUGUGCCGCUCUGGACUGCUUGGACUUCCUCCCUGACCAGCCAGUGGUGGAGCUGAGCCGGGAGCUGCCUCACUGUUUCCCUCAAGAUGGAGAAAGAUGUGACCAAAACCCAGUGGGGAGCAGCAGCAGCCAAGAUGGAGGCAAGAACUCUGUUAACUGUAUAAUUAAGAACAUACUAAUUUGUCCUGCUGCAGGUCCCAUCAGGGAUGAGCAGACUGCUUUCUCUCAGAGUGGCUUGGUCCAGUGUAAGCUGCUGCUGUAUGGCACUCUGGUCAAACACUACAGCAACACCAACAAGCGUCCUCUGCUGCCACAGCACAUGACUGACGUCUACAGGGGCAUCACUGACCUGCUGGUCAGUGCCAAGCUAGAUAAGACUCUAGAGGCCCUGCAGCUGUGUUUGAAGCUGCUGCCUCAGAACAGCAGAGAAGAGCUGUGCAAGCUGCUGACGUUCAUGUCUCUGGCAGCUGACCCAAAAGGGAUAAAAGUGGACAAGGAGACGGACAACAGACUGGCAGUGAAGAAGUCAUUCUCGCGAGCAAUACUGCACAGCAAGGCGCUCUCGAGGGAUAAAGAGGACCUUCUGUUGGUCUUCAUGCUAAGCAACAUAAAGGACAUUUUUACGAUACCAGGUGCUCUCCACAAAGGAGUGAGUGAGAAGCUGGCCAGCCUUGCUCUGGCCGAACAUCCUGCUGCGACAGGUUCUCCGCUGAGUCAGCAGAUGUCCAGCAAGACUAAUGCUGACUCUACAAAUAAGACCACACACCAGGAACUGUGGGCACUCCUAAAUACCAUCCACUUGGACACCAAGGUCACAGACAAGGAGAGAAAGCGCCGCCUCCGACAGUUUUACCAAGCCCAUCCACAGAUAUUUAACCAGUACUUUGGGGACUCUGCUGUCAGUUGGCUGUAA